GGUCAGAUGACUUCAAUGCGUUGUCAUCAUGUUCUCAUGCAAGUCUUGAAACUCUCUCGUGCUCAAUACCCGCAUGCCGGGCCCUGGAUCAGCCGUGGAAACUCCAUCUAAAUCCACGCCGCUAAAAAUGGCUCAACUCCCUAGAAAUCACGUCGUCUUCCGAUUCCUUAAACCCCUCCAUUCACGAAAUGUCGGAUAAGCAGCCAUGGGCCACCUUCACGUCCAGCCUCUACCUGCAUGGAAAGGGACCACAGGCUCUUGGAACGGUAUCGUUUGAAGAGAUUGAGCAAAAGGCGAAGGAGGCUCUCAAGGACUACCCCGGUAACUGCAACCUGCAAGCCAGAGAUAGCAUCGUUACUCAUGACUACGCCUGCAGGAGCAUUUAUGUACGCCGGAGGCAGCGCAGGAACCGGCUCGACCUGUGCCGCCAAUCUACGCGCUUUCGAGAAGUACCGCAUCGUACCCCGUAUGUUGGUCGAUGCCACGACGCGUACUCUCGAGGUGUGUCGCGUGUCGAUUCCCCCUCUGCGCAUCUCUCUCAGGGACCGCAGACGACCAUCUUCGGCGUGACACACCCAUCGCCCAUAAUCAUCGCCCCCAUCGGUGUACAAGGGACGUUCAUAGCCGACGGGGAGCUCGCAUCGGCGCGCGCCGCCGCGAAACUCAAGAUCCCUUUCGUCAUGAGCACUGCAUCGACCCGCCCGAUCGAGGCCGUCGCCGCCGCCAACGGGGACGGUCACCGGUGGUAUCAGCUCUACUGGCCCGCGACGAAAGAGGUGACGCUGUCGCUUCUCUCGCGUGCCAAAGCUGGUGGGUUCACUGCGCUCGUGGUGACGCUCGACACGAUGACGCUCGGCUGGCGGCCGCACGACCUCGAGACGGCAUACAUCCCCUUUGUCUAUGGCGUCGGGAACCAAGUCGGGACCUCGGAUCCGGUGUUCAUGCGACGAUUCGGAAGAGAGCCUGUUACGGGGCCUCCGCCCAAGUUUCCGUUCGAUCAGAACGCGAUGAGACAACGACUGGAGGCGCAAGAUGCGGAAGCCAUGGACCAGGUGUUUUUGGGCACAGAAUGGCUGAAAGAGUGCAACUCCGGUCUCUUCCGCAGCUGGGAGGACCUCCGCUUCCUGCGAGAGAAUUGGGGGGGACCGCUCAUCAUCAAAGGAAUCCAGCGCGUCGAAGAUGCCGAAAAGAGUCUCGAGUACGGUGUCAACGGGAUCGUUGUUUCUAAUCACGGUGGACGUCAGGUGGACGGCGCCCUCCCAUCUCUCUAUGCGUUGGAACGGAUCAUGAAGUCGCCGAAGGUUAAGGAAGCUCAGACUUCGGGCGCGUUGACUGUUCUUUUUGACUCCGGCAUCCGCACUGGAUCAGACAUCAUCAAGGCAGUGGCUCUGGGUGCCCAGGCGGUCCUUCUCGGCCGCCCUUGGCUCUACGGAGGGAUCGUCGCAGGUCAGGCGGGAAUCGAGCAGGUCAUCCUCCACACUCUUGCCGAUCUGGACGCGACUCUGGGUCUCUCAGGCUACGCUUCUUUAGCUGAUAUCCAAGGCAAAGGCGAAGAGAUUGUCGAAAAGAUCGACUUCUGAGAGGCAUCC